GAGCAUCUGUUGUGCCCGCGCAGUGUUCCGACGGGAUCGCGCACCCAUCUUCAAAAACUUCGAAAGGUUCAUCAGUCUCCAUGAGCUUUUGGUUCAGACGGACAGCCUAAGGAUGACUCUAACACAGAGAUUAACUUUACCUGCUCUUCUCAUGCUGAUCAACUUUCUUAUUUCAGCUUGUGUUACUGUGACAACCAGAAAGCCAAAAGUGGAGGUGCAUGAAAACACAAAUGUUGUACUGUUCUGUGAGUUCAGGACCGAGAGAGAAACCAACCCUCGUGUUGAAUGGAAGAAGAGGGGCAGAGAUGUAUCGUAUGUUUAUUUUGAUGGUGAAUUUACAGAUUCCUUUAAGGGCCGUGCAUCCAUUGAGGGGGCAACAGUGACCCUUCGUGGUGUUACACAGAAAGACUCAGGAGUGUAUCAGUGUGAAGUCUCAGCCCGCCAUGACGAAAUCAAGUUGGGGGAGGUCAUUGUCACUCUUAGUGUGAUUGUGCCGCCACAUGCUCCAUCAUGUGAUGUCCCAGAGACGGUCAUGAGGGGUUCUUCUGCUGAGCUGCGCUGCAAAGACAAAUCAAGUGUUUCUGCCACUACCUACAGCUGGUAUAAAGACAACAAACCAUUAAGUACAGCUGAUCCCCCUGAAAUCAACUACAGCCUGGACCCCAAAACAGGGACUCUGAAAUUCAAGAGUGUGUCAAAAUCUGAUGAGGGACAGUAUCGAUGUGAAACCUCCAGUGGGGUGGGGGCAUCCAAAAGCUGUCCAGGUCAACAUAUGAAGAUAACAGAAUUUGAGCUGAACCUGACAUUAGUUAUAGCUGUAGGACUAGGAGUCUUCUUCCUCCUCCUCUCAUGCAGUCUUGGCAUCUGUCUGUGCUGCAGACAUGAAUGCUGUUAUAGCUGUCAUCGCAAGAGUACAGGAGGAGCAAAGCAAAAAGCUAAGACCAACGACAACCAUCCAACAGACCCCAAAUAUUACAGACACACGCAGUCUUUUGUGCUUUGAAGAGUUUGGACACACGAACACGCACACCUGUGAUGACUGAGUUUAUUACUAAAGUGCCUGCUGACCCUCUGGUUUGAAACAAUAAAUGCAUAAAUAAAUAAAUUUUGCCUGACGAAGGUCUUUGACCGAAACGUUGCUUUUAAACUUUUAAAAUAAAAGGGACUUUUUACAGUGUGCAGAUCUUUUUCUGUUUUUUGAAACAAUAAAUGGAAAAAAUUAUUGUGAAAUAAUUGUAAAUGGUGUAGUUCUAGUAUAUCAAUACAUC